AUGGAAAGGUGGGCUAUGUUUUUUGCUACAGAUAGUCAGAACAUGGGGUGCUCGACGGCUGCAAGGAUGCUCCGCCAUAGGCGGCGGGGAUGCACCGGCGUUGGUGGCGGAGCAGAAGCUUCUCGUGACCCUAAUCUGCGAACAAAAGACCCGGUCGGUUCCGACGCCAUCCAGUCAACGGAACUUCUCGCGACCCUGCUGGCUAGGGAUUCGAGCUCGGACACCGCAAACAACAACUCCCUUGGCCCCAUAAAUUUGGAUAAUCCCGACCGAAAAAUCUCAAGAGAUGACUCCUCCGGCAAAGAGAUUAAAGGCUACUGUCCGGCCAUCCCUCGAUCAACCUCAGCUCCGCUCUUGAUCGGAAAAACGAUUUGCAGUCAGGUACCAGUUGGCUCUCUGCCGUUAUCGGCUUCUUCUCCUUCUCUGAACUGCACACAUGGAGGCGAACGAAUGGUUCGACCAAACCCUCAGCUCAUUAAGCCUGGGCCAGCUCAGAAGCCCAUUUCACCUCAACUCAAAGCCCAACAUCCUUUUUCUCUUCCUUCUCAAUCCCAGGCCCAUCCUCCGUUUGGGCCAAAGACAACCCUCACCUAUCAUCUCACACCACAAUCCAACGGGUUUGGACCCAUCUCACGCUCCGUCCACCCGCCGGCAAACAUCCUGAGCAACCUUCCUGCCGCCGCAGAACUUCCUCGCCAGCCUUUCCUUCGCCGCCUGACAACCACCAGACAACUAAUUACACCAGACAGCCGCCGUCGGAGUUCGCCGCACACUGGACAUGUCGCCUCCGUCAACACUCCGACGUCGUCAUUAGCCGUUCGUCUUGGUGCAGCCGACAACAACCCUCCAACCACUGAAGCCCGCCGCCUCAGCCACAUGACUUUGUCCGACCGCCCUCAGCCAAUGGUCAUUGCCAGCGCGCCCUCAGCCAAUGGUCCGUCGCCAGCGCGCCCUCAGCCACCGGAAGACGGCAUGAGAGGAAAAACGGCGGAGGUGGACGGAAGAGACGGCUGGAAGUCGGGCGCCUGA